AUGACAGUGAGCAUGAUUCAGCUUGAAGCUUUCCAGCCUCUUCUUCUGACCCUGAAUGCUCCCCGGACUGUAAUCAGAGGUGAAAAUUUUAUUUUAAAAGUUACCCUGGAGACCUACAUAGCAACAGACUUUCAGGCGACCUUGAAAUUGGAACCUAGUAGCUCCUUUGAAAUAAUUAUUCCAGAUAACAAUACAAAUAGUGUACCAGGACAAAGAAGUGUCUUCAUACAAAGUAAUGGAUCAAAGGAGGUGCUAUUUCCUAUAAAUCCUACGAAACUUGGUGAGAUGUCUCUCACUGUACAAGCCAACGCUCUGGGAUUUUCAGAUUCUGCAACCCAAACAGUAUUAGUAAAGGCUGAAGGCAUACAGCACGUUUAUUCCAGCAGUGUUAUUUUAAAAGCUGGAGCUCAUGCAAAAAAAUUAUCAUUCACUUUUCCUGUUGAUGUGGUAGUUGACACCAAACAAGCAUCUCUCAGCAUUACUGGAAACUUCCUUGCACCAUCAAUUAAAGGUCUUGAAUCACUGAUUCAGUUGCCCACUGGUUGUGGAGAACAAAACAUGAUUCACUUUGCUCCAGUCAUUUAUAGUUUACAAUAUUUAAUAGCAACUAACCAGAUAACUGAAGAUUUUAGAACAAAAGCCAUUCGUUUCAUGGAAAAAGGUUACCAAACAGAAUUAAAUUACUGGAGAUCUGGUGGUUCAUUCAGUGCUUUUGGAAGCAGGGAUUAUUCUGAGAGUACUUGGCUUUCUGCAUUUGUUCUAAGAUGUUUACUCCAAGCUCGUCAAUUUAUUAGCAUAAACGAAGAAGUAUUAUAUAGAACAAAAGAAUGGUUAUUUCAGAACCUGGAUGAAGAAACAGGCAUUUUCCAAGAACCUGGACAAAUUCUAAAUACUCGCCUUCAGGGUGGAUCAAAUGGUGUCAUUGCCCACAAUGCAUACAUACUGAUAGCUUUGUUGGAAGAUGAAGGCAACAAAAAUGUUACAUACAGAAUGAAUAAAACAAUACAAUACCUUGAGAACAAGACAGAAGAAGGUAUUACCAGUAAUUACACUUUAUCAAUUGUGGCCUAUGCUUUAUCAGUGGCCAAUAGCUCCAAGGCAGCAGCAGCACUCACUCAGCUUAACUCAAGAGCAAACAGUACUGGGUUGCAAAGGUAUUGGUCUUCUGGAAUUGACCCAUCAAAUGACUGGCAGCCCCUUUCUGCAGAUAUUGAGACAGCUGCUUAUGCACUGCUCUCCCACUGCCAGCAAAACAGGAUUGCGGAAGGCGUUCCUAUCAUGAAUUGGCUGAGCCAGCACAGGAAUCACCUUGGGGGAUAUUCUUCUACCCAGGAUACCGUUAUGGCUCUCCUGGCUUUAACCAAGUUUAUGACAUUGGUUCCAACUUCUAACAAUACUUCUCUGACUGUGUCAGUUACUGAUUCAGGAUCUAUUGUACCAAAUACAUUUAACAUCACAAAUGAAAAUCUUCUGGUUUUACAAAGUCAGCAGAUUUAUGCACUCGAGCCAUUGGAACUGGUUGUUUCUGCAGCUGGCGAAGGAGCAGCUCUUUUGCAGCUAAAGGUUGUUUACAACAGUAAAGGAGAAGCAGUUCCUUCAGAGGUAUUUAAGAUGAGUGCAACAGUAAAUGACAGCGAUAGCCAUAACCGGAUAUCAGUCAAUGUAUGCUCAAGCUAUCAAGGCCCAGAGAAAGAACCCGGCAUGAUUCUUUGGGAGGUUGAUACACUUAGUGGAUUCAAACUGGACCCCGUUGGUAUAAAUUUAAAUGACCCUCUUAAACUAGUGGAAACAAAAGAUGAGAAAGUGUUCCUGUACUUCGACUCUAUGAACGCAAGUGAGAAUUGUGUAGCUGUUCCUAUGGUUCGUACAUCGAUGGUUGUAGGUUCCCAAGCAGCACUAAUCACAAUCUUAGAUUAUUAUAAUCCAGAAAUCCGUACAACAAGAAUUUACAAUUCAGAUAAACUAAGUAAAGCCACAGUUUGUGAAUUUUGUGGACUGAAUUGCAACAAUUGUAUAUCCAAUGUCACAACAUCUACGAAUACAACUGAACAGGUCUCAGAAAGCAGCGCUACUGCACCAAAACUUGCCAUGCUUUGGUUCUGCGUGAUCUGCAUGUGGAAUAUUCUCUAGCCAUGAUAUUUAGAUAUACAGUUUUACUUAAAAUAUUCUUUGUAUUUUUGCUUUAUGUUCAGCCUUUUAAUGCUACUUUUCUCCUCCAAAUGAUCUGAAUUUAAAGUAAUCAUAUCUUAUAACAGUGUAACCCAGCUUUAUGUCAGGCCAGAUAAUUGCAGAGCAGUAUUAAUCAAAACUAAUUACAUAUUGUUGAUAGGUUCUUAUUAGAUAAAUCAUUAUAAAUUAAUUCUAUUAGAAAUUGUCAUGUUUUCAAAAUCUUUUUUUUCUCACUUUAAGUAUCAUAACAAACAGCUGUAGGGCUAUAUUAAAGGCCUUCCUUAUUAUAAAAUGAGUUCAAGCUAUAUACCUCUAGAUACACACCAAAUAAAUAAAAGGUAAUAUAACCUGCAAGAGUAUACCCCAACAACAACAACAUAUUUGUUUAAUAUAUUUUUUUACAAAUUAGAGAUUCUUACAAUUUAUAUUUUUGCCUGAAUAUUAAAACUCAAGUGGGGAAGCAUACUCAGUCGGGGGCAAUGUCAGUAAUGUAUCAAAUUGUAACAGUUUAGAGAGAGUUGUGGUCCAGGAUUACUUAAAGUUAUUAAAAACCAUUGUAAAAAAAAACAAAGCAAAACAGAAAACUGUUAUUAUGUUUUGAAAAGAUAAAACUUUGUGAUGGUGAAAUAC